AUGACUAGGUCGAUACUACGCGCCGUCGCCCUGACUUCCGCUGUCGCUCUUCUUGCCUCGCCGGUGGCUGCACAGGACGAUUCAGGAUCCACUGCGACGGGUGCACCCAAGGCCAUUACAACAUUGGGCUGCUACAACCACCCCGACCCUCUGACAGUUCAAGGAAAUUACGACUUUCAAAGUUCAGGAUACUGCCAGACACAAUGUACGGAACUGAACAAGCCUGUCAUGGCCAUCACAGGAGGCUCGACCUGCUAUUGUGGCGAUGAAAUACCUGCUUUGGACCAAGAGGUUGAUGGAGAUAAAUGCAACACCGUGUGCGCUGGCUACGGGUUAUCAACCUGCGGUGGGAUUGGGUACUGGCAGGUCUAUCUGACCGGAUUGACUGGAGACGUCGAGACAGCCCCCAACAGCACAUCGAGUACCAGCUCAUCUUCGCCCCAAGGUACCGCGGGUUCUGGCUCAACCAGCACUCAGCCCGCGGUUGUAACUCAGCCUGGUCAGACGGUCGUGGUAACUCAGUCUGCAGCAGCUCUUGCCAACCAAGAUAAGCAGUCCGGUGGCUCUAACAAGGUCGCCAUUGCGGUGGGAGUUGUCGUCGGUGUUGUUGGUCUUGCCGGCAUCGUAGGCGGCGUUCUGCUGUACUUGAGACACAAGCGAAAUCGCGAGAUCGAAGAAGAGCACCGUCGUAAUGCGGCUGUGAGCUCCUUCAUCGGCACCGCGGCGUCGGACAAGUCCUCGACUGACCAACGACUCGACCCAUCCAUCUACUCACAUGCCCGACAGAGCAUUGGCAGCAUUGCUGAUGAGAGGGACUUUACAAGAAGGAUAUUGCAGGUAUGUUGA